CAACGAAUUACGUCACUGCCCCGCCGUGGGGUCCAGCAAAGGGAACCUUCCUGGCUGACGAACGUAACGUGGAAGAAUGCCUACCGGCACAGACUGCUGAGAAGUUUGGAUGAACUUGGCUGCAUCCACAUGAUAGUCAAAAAACUAGCCAGAAUGGCAAGCUCCGUCAGUAUCACCGCCAGCAGCCUAUCGCCGCCUCGCCACACCGUCAUCAUCGGCGGCGGCAUCGUCGGGGCCUCAACACUCUAUUACGCUGCAAAGAACCCGAUCCGGGGGAAAUCAUCUCCGCCGUCGCGACUGACCCUCAUCGAGGCCUCUUCCGAGCUUGCUCCAGGCGCAAGUGGGAAUUCGGGCGGCUUCUUGGCCCUAGACUGGCAUGGAACUGCAACGUCUAGCUUGGCCGAAUUGAGCUAUCGGCUGCACCGCGAGAUUGCCAAAGAAGGCAAUGGGGGUGAGAGAUGGGGUUAUCGAGCUGUUGAGACUUUGCAAGUAAACAUCGACACCACAAAGAGUCGAUCCAAAUGCCCCAAAGAGCUCAACUGGGUGGAUCCCUCGAUUGUGACGUCGACUAGCACUCUGGGAUCCAGCGACACCACGGCGCAAGUCACCCCCAAGCACCUAGUAGAGUACAUGGUGGAGGCGGCGCUUAAACACGACGGAGUGGAAGCUCGACUCGCCACAGCGGCCACAUCUCUUGAUCUCGAUGACCAAGGCAAAGUCCGUGGGUUACGCGUGAGAAACCCACAGGGCCAAGAUGAUUACAUCGAAUGUGAUUGCAUUGUAGUUGCUGCAGGACCGUGGACUGGAUCUCUCCUGAACUCGCUCCUACCCGGCGACUCUUCAAAUAAGGUUCUGGCGCAGAUGAUUCGCAAGGGCAAAACAAUCGACGGCUCUAGAGCACACUCUAUCGUGGUGCGCGGCACCAGACCAACAACGGAGCACUGCUUGUUCACCGAUAUGAAAUACGUACCAAAGAACAGCGCAGAAAAACACGUGCGUGCGGGUGCGCCCGAGGUUUACGCCCGCGGUGAUGGCACUGUCUACGUCUGCGGAGGGUCCGACGAUGUGGCGCUGCCAAAAACAGCCGACGAGGUCACGUACGACAAGGCACAGACGGCCAAGCUCGUUGAGCAGAUCAGGGUGAUCAGCCCUGAGAUUCUGGGGGAGAGCGCCACGAUCGAAAAGGAGCAGGCUUGCUAUCUGCCGGGAGGCUCGUUCAACGGGCCGCUGAUUGAUGGGUCGUCAGAGCAUGGUCUGUACAUUGCGGCUGGCCACACGUGCUGGGGAAUUACGUUGGGACCUGGAACAGGGCUGGUGAUGGCGGAGAUGAUAUUCGAGGGCAAGGCUUUAUCGGCUGAUGUCGACAUGUUGAAGGCUUGAAGAAAGUCAUGAUGGCUGGGAUGAGAUUACAAACCAAAAUGGUGUGUACAGCACAAACGACAAUUCACCGAGCACAAUUGUACAGUAGUAAUAAUAAUAGGCCAGGCACCUACAGGUACACUGCAAACUGUCGUGUUCUCGGUUGUUCAUGGGCAUGGCCCAAUGUCUUGGCUCAAUUAACGCGCCGCCGCGGGUGGGGCUCAGACAAAAUUGACAGCUCCAUCCCUGUCCUUGUCCCUGUUCGAGAGGAGCAAGACAAUUUUGAGCAGUCAUGACUGCACCUUUGAGUCCUGCAAGGUACAUUAUCAUGAAGUUAGAAAAUUCUCGGGUGACAGUUGCAGAAUAUCGUGUCCGUGUUCUUUUACUUGCAAUCAUCAACUAGGCUUGAGGUAUAUGAGUUCCCUGGCGGGUUUUC